CGGUCAGUCAACCGUCAGUGUCUGUCAGACUAGUGAAGGGAAUGGAUGGGUUCCGUCCCCGCGCUGGCGUCGUCCUCCGUCAGUUAGUUCAUCACAAUGUUCAUCGAUCCAGUAGUGCCUUCCGAAAACAUGCCAGGUUUAUGAGUACCGAUCCAAAAGAAAAAUGGAUCAUGAAAUCACCAUUUACCGUUGACAUUCCUACAAUACCCUUUACUAAAUACGUUUACGAAGCUCAGGAAUCAUUCGCAGAUAGAACGGCGUUUGUCAAUGGCAUCACACACGAGACCAUCACGCACGGUGAAUUCCGAGACCUGGCCACGCGUCUGGGCAGUGCCCUGACGCGCCUGGACGUGACGAAGGGCGACGUGGUUGCCAUCGUCUCUCCCAACUGCCCGGAGUUCGCCAUCUCCUUCUUCGCCGUGUCUUCCAUUGGCGCUGUCAACACGACCAUCAACUGCACCUAUACAGCUGAUGAAGUUGCUCAGCAACUGAGGAACUCUGGUGCUUCGGUAGUAAUAACACACCCGUUACUGCUGCCCACUAUGAAAGAGGCUUGCAAGAAGUAUGAUGGCAUACGACACAUGAUAACAAAUGGACCGAACGAUGAAGGUUUACUCACUCUGCAAGAACUGUUGAAAGAUGAUGGCACUGCCUUCCCAAAUAAUAUCAAGAUUGACCCUAAAGAAGACAUUGUUGUUUUACCCUAUUCUUCUGGUACCACAGGACUUCCAAAAGGUGUCAUGCUCACUCAUCAUAACAUGGUAUCUAAUAUGCAACAGAUUCUGCAUCCAUUCUAUAAUGUGAUAAAACCAGGGUCUGCACAGGAGGUAUUAGUAGGUGUUCUUCCUUUUUUUCAUAUAUAUGGGAUGGUUGUCUGUAUGGGACUCUCGCUUCAUAGUGGUGCUAAAAUGGUAACAUUACCAACAUUUGAACCAAAUCUUUAUGUUGGUACAAUAAAAAGAUAUAAGACUACUAUCCUGCAUACUGUACCACCCAUAGUCAGUUUCCUUAUUCAGAGUGACAUGGUUACACCUGAAUUAUUAAAAUCCGUCCACACUUUGGUCUGUGGAGCAGCCCCACUGGGACCAGCCCUUGUCAAAGAAUUUAAAGAGAAGUUUGGAGAUGGAAUGAAUUUUCAAGAAGGAUAUGGUAUGACUGAAGCAUCUCCUGUCACUCACAUGACACCAGUGGAGGCUUACAAGCCAGGAUCUACUGGCGUAGUAAUUCCCAAUACCAUGGCCAAAAUUGUAGAUCUUUCUACUGGUGAAACACUUGGCCCUGGUGUUGAGGGUGAACUUUGUAUACAUGGGCCUCAGGUAAUGAAAGGUUACUACAGAAAUGAGAAAGCUACAAAAGAAACAAUAGAUAAAGAUGGCUGGCUCCAUACUGGGGACAUAGCAAAAAUGGAUGAAAAUGAGAAUGUCUAUAUAGUUGAUCGACUGAAAGAACUUAUCAAAGUCAAGGGAUUGCAGGUGGCUCCUGCAGAGUUGGAGGAUUUGUUGAGAAGGCACCCAGCAGUAGUGGACGUUGCAGUCAUUGGGUUACCAGAUGAGAGAGCUGGGGAAGUACCCAGAGCAUUGUUGUUAUCACCAAAAUCAGAUGUAACUCAGGAUGAAAUUGCAGACUACGUUGCAAAGGAAGUUGCUCCUCACAAAAGGCUUUUAGGUGGUGUUUGUUUCACAGAUAAAAUCCCAAAAAAAUCAGCACCGGAAAAUACUCAGACGUGAACU